CACAAAUUUACCAUUUUUGGCCGACAUCAAACAUUGACAGAGUGAAAGUUCCGUUUUUGAAAGAUCAAGAGGUCCACCACACUCGGAGAGAGAGAGAGAGAGUCUCAGUCGCCAUCACGUUACAGCUCUACAAAGGAAGCUUCUUUAUAGCGGAUUCAAAAUUCGAGCUGUGAUCCAAACACGACGUCGUUGCGGCAGCGAUGGCGAUACUCUACACUCUGGUGGCGCGGGGAUCGGUGGUGCUCGCCGAGUUCAGCGCCACGGCGACCAACGCCUCCGCCAUCUCGCGCCAAAUUCUCGAGAAGAUCACCGGCGACAGCGACACCCACGUCUCUUACUCCCAAGAUCGCUACAUCUUCCACGUCAAGCGCACCGAUGGCCUCACCGUCCUCUGUAUGGCCGACGAGACCGCCGGCAGGAGAAUGCCUUUUUCGUUUCUUGAAGACAUCCACCAGCGAUUCGUGAGGAGCUACGGCCGCGCCGUGCUCUCGGCUCAGGCCUACGGCAUGAACGACGAGUUUUCUAGGGUUUUGAGCCAGCAAAUGGAGUACUACUCCAACGAUCCUAAUGCGGAUAGGAUUAAUCGACUCAAAGGCGAAAUGAGCCAGGUGCGGAAUGUGAUGAUUGAGAACAUUGACAAAGUUUUGGACAGAGGUGAUCGGUUGGAAUUGCUGGUUGAUAAAACUGCUAAUAUGCAAGGCAAUACCUUUCGAUUCCGAAAACAAGCUCGCCGUUUCAGAAGCACUGUUUGGUGGAGAAAUGUUAAGCUCACGAUUGCAUUGAUAUUCCUUGUGCUAUUGGUAGUUUAUAUCGUGAUGGCCUUUGUUUGCCAUGGCCUUUUACUACCCACCUGCUUGGGUUGAGUGUGAGAGUCAAGUCGAGUCAGGUCGGACUGGAAAGUGUGCUUUUCCUCUUCAGAUUUUUCGUCUGGGGUUCUUCGAGUAGUGUCAGAUUUGAAGUGUUAUGUGUGUGUAUCCCAUGGAAGUUCUUAAUUCAUUCAGGUUGUAAUUUUCUUUUUCUUUUUUCUUCUUUGGCCAAAAGGCUCUAUGUUUCUUGAAACCACGGCUUGAUGGGUUCAUAUUUAUUGAGGUUUAUGAAGUUCUGUUGCAGAA